AUGGCGGGCCCCAACCACAGCGCCGCAGCGGCUGGCCCGGUCUCGAAGCGCCAGAAAGUGCAGGCCGACGGCGCAGACAGCGCUGCGCCCGCCGUGCGCCCGUCCAGAAUCUUCGCGCCGUUCAGAACUGUCGGCCUCGUCUCGCCCACCGCGGUCCCCUUCACGUCGCUCCCGCUCGGCAAGACGACGUUCCAAAUCACCACCUCGGUCGGCCGCUCGCUCCAGACGUACGACCUCAAGCGCGGCCUGGGCCUCGUCUUCGUCUCCCGCCCGCAGACCCCCGCCGACAUCACGGCCACGCUCGCAUGGAACAAGGUCGUCUUCGCGGCCUGGGGCGGCGGCGCGGCGUCGCCUGCGGAGCGCGGCGUGUGGGUCUUCCAGCGCGGCAAGCUGGUGGCCGAGCUGGAGCUGCCGCUCGCGGGCCUCGAGCCCAUCACGCGGCUGCUCGUCAUGGGCGGGUGGAUCGUCGGCUGCGGCGCGACCAGGCUCGAGGUCUGGAAGACGGCCACGCGGGAGCACUACACCACCCUGCACGCCGCGUCGUCGAGCCCGCUGUCCGGCUGCAUCGCGAACAUGCCCACGUACCUGAACAAGAUCUUCGCCGGCAGACAGGACGGCUCCGUCGACAUCUGGAACGUCCGCGCCGCCAAGCUGCUCUACACGGUCCUGCCGCCCGCCGCCGACUUUGGCCCCGUCACCGCCCUCCAGCCGUCGCCCGCCCUCUCGCUCCUCGCCAUCGCGUACGAGUCCGGCCCGGUCAGCAUCCGCGAUAUCCGCGCCGACAAGGAGGUCCUGCGCCUGAACACGGGCGGCUCGCAGGGCGCCGCAGUCACGUCCAUCUCCUUCAGGACCGACGGCCUCGGCGCCGGCGAGCACGGCCGCGACGACGGCGUCAUGGCCACGGCCAGCCGCGAGAGCGGCGACGUGGUCUUUUGGGACCUGAACAAGGGCGGCCGCAAGACGGGCACCCUGCGCGGCGCUCACGCGCCGCCGCCCGCAGAGGGCGGCGGCGGCGGCGGCAUCAGCAAGAUGGAGUUCCUCGCCGGCCAGGCCGUCGUGGUCUCGAGCGGCCUCGACAACACGCUCAAGAGCUGGAUCUUCGACGAGACGCCCUUCUCGCCCGUGCCCCGCAUCCUGCACCAGCGCGGUGGCCACGCCGCGCCCGUCUCGGCCCUGCGCUUCCUGCCCUCCCGUUCCGACGGCUCUGACGACACGGGCAAGUGGCUGCUCAGCGCGAGCAAGGACCGCAGUCUCUGGGGCUGGAGUCUGCGACGGGACGGCCAGAGCACCGAGCUCAGCCAGGGCGCCGUCCAGAAAAAGGCCAAGAAGAUGGGUCUGCUGCACGGCAGCUCCGACGCCUCCAAGCACCACGUCAGGCUGGAGGAUCUAAAGGCUCCCGCCAUCACGUGCAUGGCAUGCUCGCUCAACCGCGAUGGCGGCAUGGGUGCCAUGCCGGGCGUCAAUGCCAUCUGGAGCCGUUCCGCCACGGCCAAGGCCGACGCGAAGAAGGCCACCGAGGUCAACAUGACCGGCUGGGAGAGCAUCGUCACCGCGCACGGAGACAAGACGGCGAGGACCUGGUUCUGGGGCCGCAGGCGAGCGGGCAGGUGGGCCCUGGACACAGGCGAUGGCACCGAAGUCAAGAGCGUCGCCGUGUCGCCGUGCGGCACCUUUGCCCUGAUCGGCUCCGCUGGCGGGUCCAUUGACAUGUACAACCUGCAGUCUGGCCAGCACCGGCGCCGAUUUCCCGCCCGUCUGACGCCGGCCGAAGCGAAAAAGUACAGGCUGCACCAGCUCCAGCUCGACGAGUCGGCUGGCUUCGAGACCGGCCGUGCACCCAAGACGUUUGCAAAGGGCGAGGGCAAGCACAAGGGCGCCGUGACCGGCCUCGCCGUCGACAGCCUCAACAGGACCGUGCUGUCGUGCUCCGACGAUGGCAAGAUGAAAUUCUGGGACUUUGCGACCGGCGCCCUCGUCGACGAGAUGGACUGGUACCCCAUGGUCAAGAUCCUCUCUAUGCGCUACCACCCCAACUCGGAUCUCGUCGCGCUCUCCUGCGACGAUGGAUCGCUUCGCGUCCUCGACACGACCACCCGCAAGCUCAUUCGUGAGCUCUGGGCCACGCGCACCGCGACCCCAAUCACCACCAUCGACUACACCUUCUCCAGCGACGCCCGCUGGAUCAUCUCCGCAUCCUCGGACAGCACGGUCCGCGUGUGGGAUCUCCCGACCGGCCACCUGAUCGAUGCCAUGCGCCUGCCGAAACCAAUCAACAGCGUCGCCUUCUCACCCGCCGGCGACUUGCUCGCUGCCGGUCUGGAGGGCGAGGUCGGCGUGCACAUCUUCACGAACCGCACGCUCUUCACCCACGUUCCGACCCGCCAGAUCUCCGAGGCAGACGUUGCUCUUGUUGCUGCCCCCACAGCGUCCGGCCAAGGCGGCGAGAACAUGGUCGCGCUGGCCGAAGAAGAAGGCGAAGAGGACGAAGAGGACGCCACGGCCGUGCCCGUCAUGGACCAGCUCAGCGACAACAUGACCACGCUGUCGCUCGUGCCCAAGUCGCGGUGGCAGACGCUCCUCCACCUCGACACCAUCCGCCUGCGCAACAAGCCCAAAGAGGCCCCCAAGAAGCCCGAACACGCGCCGUUCUUCCUCCCCGCCGUGGGCGAGAAAGCCGACGCCCUGAAGCCCCUCGACGCCGACGCCCUGAAGCCCCUCGAUGCCGAGCCCACGUCGCGCAUAUCGAGCUCCGCGCUCGCGAGCAGAAGCAGCGCCGCGACGAGCACGAGCGAGUUCACGCGCCUCCUUGCGCACGCCGAGCAGUCUGGCGAGCACACCAAGCUCCUGGCGUUCCUCUCCAGCCUGCCCCCGAGCGCCGCGGACAUUGCGAUCCGCACGCUGGACACGCGGGAGCCGCACGCGGAGCUGCGGACCUUGAUCAACGCGCUCACACGCAGGCUGCAGGAGCGCAGGGACUACGAGCUCGUGCAGGCCUGGAUGAGCGUCUUCCUCCGGCUGCACGGCGACGUCGUCGUGAAGAGCGAGGCGCUUGUGGGCCUGUUGCGGAAGUGGCAGCACGAGAGCAAGCGCGAGCGGGAAAGGGUCGGCGGGCUUGUGGGCUACAGUGUGGGUGUUGUCGGAUGGGUGAGGAGUGCACGCUAG